UUCGGUCUAUAUCAUUUCCAUCACUGCCCGUAUCUUAUCGUAUUUAUACCUCAUAAUGUUCUCUUUCAAUUACUUCAAAGCACAUGCAACCUCAUUAUCUUUCCAUCCUCCCAAUCCCUGUUUCUGGAAGUGAAUCGUACUCCCACGUUUGAGAACCAUAUAUGGCAUUUCAUGUUUGCCACAUUUCCUGCUUAAGAGCGAAACCGAUCGAUAAGUGUCGCAACCACCCGGCUUCACUCCGCGCAGCUUCCUCGACCAUCAACGCCGACUUCAAAUCUCGCAAACCUGGUUUCAGUAUAUCUAGUUAUUCCCAGAGGAAGGCGAGUAGCCCCUCUCCCUUAAAAUGCUCGUCUUCAGACCGGAGCCGAAUUGACUUGCCAGGUUCGGACAGCCUAGUAGAACUCCCCCUCCUCCCACAUCCUUUAGUCCUAUUCCCCGGUGUAACUCUUCCCUUGCAAGUAUUCGAGUUUAGGUACCGAAUAAUGAUGCAUACGAUCCUCCAAAGUGACCUAAGAUUCGGAGUCAUAUAUUCGGACAAACUCAACGGGGCAGCUGGUGUUGGAUGUGCAGCAGAGAUAGUAAAGCACGAAAGGCUUGUGGACGAUCGGUUCUUCAUCUUCUGCAAAGGGCAAGAGAGGUUUCGAGUUAUCAGUCUCGUUCAGACGAAACCUUAUACUGUAGCAAAGGUUCGGUUUCUCGAAGAUAGGCCUUCUUCGAGUGAGCAGCAAGAUCUUGAGUCGAUCGCUCUUGAAGUUGAGAUUUGCAUGAAGGAUGUGAUCAGGUUGUCCAAUAAGCUCAAUGGCACAUUUGAGGAAAAAUAUGAGGAUAUUCGAAGGAAUCUAUUUCCGACGCCAUUUUCGUUUUUUGUUGGGAGUACUUUUGAGGGUGCCCCUAGAGAGCAGCAGGCCUUGCUGGAAUUGGAGGAUACAGGUCUGAGGCUGAAGAGGGAGAGAGAAACUUUGAGGAACACACUCAAUUAUUUGGUUGCUGCGUCUGCAGUUAGAGAUGCCUUUCAGUAUUCUUCAUCCAAUGAAAACUAGCAGUCGGUUAUUCUUGUAAAUAAGCAAAUAAUAUAGCAGCAGCCUCUGCCUAUAUAUUGAGCCUUUGGUUUUGCAAAGUUUUUUGAAAUCUGUACAGGUUAAUAUUUCAGGAAGAGCUUUGCUACGGGAAUGAUGGCUAACUCAUUAUCCAAUAGGAGGUGGACAUCUCACUUGUCCCCCCUAUUGGUCACAUAUUCUGGGUCCUUAAGGAAUUUUUCUUUCAUGAAAGCAGUGUGCCAAAAUUUGACCUCUACCGCUCACACAUUGUUUCCAUUUAUAUCCUUGCUUAUCCUUUGUUAUUCCAAUUUUACGCGCUACUAUUAAUUGGGGUUCGAGGGGUAUAUUUGGGAUAUGGGCGCUGAAAUUUCGUUACUUCUUGUUUUUUUUCCCCUGCUUAACGCUCUUCUGAGAAUUGGUCCAGAGAUCAGAGAGGAGAAGCAGCAAUGUAUUUUUGAGUUUUGUUGCCACCGUCAGAGACCAACUUCCUUCAAAAUUUUAUAUUUUCCGUCUUCAGUUAAUGUGAUUUUACAGUUAAUUCUCUCUUCUUUUGAUGAUGAAAGUAAAUUCUCC